AUGGCUACCAUCAAGCAGAUCGAUGGACGAAGUAUCCAUCAAAUCCAAUCCGGCCAAGUCAUUGUCGACUUGUGUUCCGUCGUAAAGGAGCUAGUCGAAAACAGCGUUGAUGCGGGCGCUACUACCCUUGAUGUCAGAUUUAAGAAUCAAGGCCUGGAUUCUAUCGAGAUCCAGGACAAUGGCUCCGGUAUUUCGCCAGCCAACUACGAGUCCGUGGCGCUGAAGCACCAUACCUCGAAGCUCGAAACCUACUCGGAUAUUGCCAGUCUUCACACCUUUGGCUUUCGUGGAGAAGCACUGGCAUCAUUAUGCGCUCUCUCCACAGUCACCAUUACCACUUGUCUUGCCCAAGACGCUCCCAAAGGUACUAAGCUUACAUUUGAGGCGUCCGGAAAGCUCCAGUCGACGUCUAUUAUUGCCGCCCAAAGAGGCACAACUGUUGCCGUCGAAAAACUGUUUCAUAACUUGCCAGUUCGUCGACGCGAACUAGAGCGCAAUAUCAAACGAGAAUGGCACAAAGUGAUUGCGCUGCUCAACCAGUAUGCCUGCAUUCUCACGCAGCUUAAAUUUUCCGUGUCACAGCAGCCAACCAAGGGCAAGCGAAUCCUUCUUUUUUCUACAAAAGGCAAUCAAACAACCAAAGACAACAUCAUUAACAUCUUUGGUGCCAAGACAAUGACAGCUCUAGUGGCAUUGGAUCUCAAGCUGGAAAUUGUACCCACCACAUCUACUCUGCACUUAACCUCGACCGAAGCUGAGGCGUCCAAGCAAGUUUGCGUUCUCGGCCAUGUUUCCCGACCCGUCCAUGGCGAAGGCAGACAGACACCUGAUAGGCAAAUGUUCUUCGUCAAUGGGCGGCCUUGUGGACUUCCCCAGUUUGCAAAAACAUUCAACGAAAUCUACAAGUCUUACAAUUAUUCUCAAUCGCCCUUCAUAUUCGCCGACAUUCGUUUAGAUACAAACAUGUACGAUGUCAAUGUCAGCCCAGACAAACGCAGCAUCCUCUUACACGACCAAAAUCACCUGCUAGAGAGUCUGCGCUCCGCCCUUGUUGAGCUGUUUGACCAACACGACUAUACCGUACCAGUUGCGCAAGCGUUUUCCACUCUUGGAAGGUCCGCUACUCAUGAAAACCUUUCUCCCGCACCUACGCGCGCCUCCAAGCGACAGAAGCAGCCGGAAGAGCCGGACGUGUCUGAUACACCCCUCGAAGACGAUCACUCCCAAUCAUCCGAUGAAGAUACAGCAACAGCCAACCCCACAAGAACCCCCAUAGUCUCGACACACAGUACUGGUGCUCAGAGUUUGAUAAGCCGAUGGGCGUCUAACUCGGCGAGCUCACCUGCGGCCAAGAUCCAGGUUGCGACCCCGCAAACGAGCAUCAGUGCGAGAUUCAACAAGCCAAGCGACGAAGUGCCUAAUAGUGUCAAAGCUAUUCGAGUGCGAGAUUUCAAUGAACGGCUUGCAGAAAAUGCACCAAUACCACUAGCCGAAGAGGGUGUUUCGGCACAAUUGCACUCGACUUCUCCGGACGCCUCUCCGGAACCCCCAAUCCCUGCCACACAGCCAAUGAGACUAGUGGAUGAUACACCACGGACAAGGAUUCCGCGAAGCCUUAAACGGGAUCUGACGGAAACAAUCACAGUUACCAUUGGUAAUUCGCCACAAAGAAACAUUAUUCUGUCCCCAUCGAAAAGGCGAAAGACAGAAAGCAUAGCUAGCGAGGACGAUGACGAGGCUAUGCUGUCCGAUGACCAAGAUACUCGGCAAAAUUUGUCGGUUGAACGAGAUGAUGAAGAUCUUGCACAGCAGCUUGAGGAAGAGGAAGAAUGGUCUGAGCCUGAACCAGAACCGAUGGCCAAGCCCCAGUUGGAACUCGAAGUGGAGGAAGAAGAUAUUGAGGCACAAUCAUCAGAGAAGGAGAGUGGAGCUAGCACGCCGGUCCAUGCUGCAGAAGAGGAUUCUGAUGGGGACUUUGACGAGGCAAAGGCAGCCAACAACGAAGAGGAUGAGGAUGAGGAUGGUGCUCCAGAGAAGGCGACAUCCGCGACAGAGUUGAAACGAAACACUCUAUUACAACCGACCUCUCGCCGAAAGGACACUACCCUUAUUCUGUUACAGCGUCUCAAGAUAACCCCCGAGCUGCUCCGUGCCCAUGUUGAUAGCUACAGAGCCAACGCGCUAAGAAUAUCGACAGCAACCACCAACAUAGAUUCCGUGGAAGACAUAAGCGCCACAGAUGCGGAGUCGAGGCUUCAGCUGAUCAUUUCCAAAGGAGAUUUUGGCAAGAUGCGCGUGGCGGGACAGUUCAACCUGGGAUUCAUCAUUGCUGUCCGUCCACGCACGUCCCAAUCUCCCACCACCGGAGACGGCGCCAGCAACGACGAGCUCUUCAUCAUCGACCAGCACGCAUCCGACGAAAAGUACAACUUUGAGCGGCUUCAGAGCUCCACCGUUGUGCAGUCGCAGCGCCUCGUACACCCCAAGACCCUCGACCUGACGGCGCUCGAGGAGGAGAUUGUCAUGGAGAACCAGGCCGCCAUCGAGGCCAACGGCUUCCAGAUCCUCGUCGACACCUCAGGCGACGCCCCCGUCGGUGGCCGCUGCACGUUGACCGCGCUGCCGCUCAGCCGCGAGACGGCGUUUAGCCUGGAGGACCUAGAGGAGCUCAUUGCCAUUCUAGGCGACACGCCCGGCGGCGGUGACGCGCAGAUCCCGCGCCCGGCCAAGGUGCGCAAAAUGUUCGCCAUGCGGGCCUGUCGCAGCAGCGUCAUGAUUGGCAAGCCGCUCACGCUGAGGCAAAUGUACGGGCUCGUGCGACACAUGGGCGAGCUCGACAAGCCGUGGAACUGCCCGCACGGCCGGCCGACGAUGCGGCACCUCUGCCGGCUGCAGGCGUGGGACGAGCAUGGCUGGAAGGGCGACGUGGUGCCGACGUCAACGGCGCGGUGGCAGGCAUUUACACAACAAGAGGAGUGA